AUGGAAAAGAAACCUAAUUAUUUGUUACUGUUUCUUUUACAAGCAAUAAUCCAUUGUGAUCAUCUCAUAAUAAUAGCGCAAUUACCGCGUCCUGAGAAUGUAAUCACUAGAUGCAAAAAGGGAGAUUUCAAUUCCGACGCUUACAACAAGCACCUAGACAUGGCACUCGAUUCCCUUUCCAGUAACGUUAGCAUCCCGAGGUACACAGGGUUCAAGAGUACCCAGUCUGGCAAUCAGGGUGAAAUAGUUAACGCGGUUGUCCUUUGUCCUCCCUAUAUUAAGGCGGAAGAUUGCGCAGAUUGUAUCAAGAAAUCAGCCCAACUUCUCAAAAGAGAUUGUCCCAAAAAAAAGGAAGCUGUAGUGUUUACUCUUGUAUCAGACAUGACGUCAUGCACAGUGCGUUAUGGCGAUUAUAAAAUUGAGGGGAAGUAUGACGAUUGGGCUUGGGUAAGCUUCAAAAACCCGAAGGAUGGUGCUGAUAUUCGUGCGUUACGUCAAACUCUUAAGGAUAUGUAUUACACGAUAAGAAAAACGACAUUCACAGGUGCAAAUGGAAUUCGUUACGCAAAAGUGUCUACAACUUAUGGGAGUAGCCGGCUCCCUUUUUACUUGGCUCUUCAAUGUACCCCUGAUAUAUCGGAAAGGAACUGCUAUGAUUGUUUGAAUUCGGCAGCUGACGGACUUCAAGAGAAUGGAGUUAAUCAAGGAAAGAUGUCUGCGAGAAGGUUAUCUUCCCAUUGCUAUGCAAGGUACUCACACGACCCUUUUUUCCCGGAGAAGUGA